AUGCCGUGGCUCCUCCCAGCGCUGCUUUUGGCCACGGCCUUUGCAACGGACUGCGAUGGCCGCAGGUGCCCGGUGACCGCGGGCCAGUCCUGGCUGCAGCUCAAGGGCGCGGUGCAGAAGUUGAGAGCGCCGGCGCCGGGCUUCUUCGCGGUGCAGGGUGGCAGCGGCAUCUCCUGCCGUGGGGCGCAUGCCAAGGAUGAGGCCUUCAGCCACUUUGUGGAGAGCCAGCAGAAGACUUUGGACGAUUGUAAGCAGCGGUGCAUGAGCUCCCACAUCUGCAAGGGCAUCGACUUCCACGGCACCACCUGCCGCGUGUGGACCCAAAACAUCCAGGCGAGCCUGCAAGCGGAGGGCCACACCUGCCUGCGCUUCCUGGCAGACACCGCGAUGCUGGAGUUUCUGGAGCUGGGAAACGCGUGCAGGGGCGCGCACAAAGGCGACAAGGACCCGGCCUACUUCACCUCCACCACCGCCAGCGACCUCGAGGAGUGCAAGUCCAUGUGCGUGGCGGACCUCGCCUGCCAGGGGGUGUCCUACACGCAGAGCGGCGUCUGCGAAAUUUGGACGCGCCAGGAAGGCAUCCAGGCGACCGCCGAGGAGGCGGAGUCCGUUUGUCUGCAGAAACCGGGGCCAAGCCCCAGCCCCAGCCCCAGCCCCAGCCCGAGCCCGGGCCCGGGCUGGGAGAAGCAUGAAGGAUUGAACUGCUACUUGCACCAUGGCGCCGAGGGCAUCAAAGACAAAGAUCCCCUGGGGGAGAAGAAGACAUUGGAGCAGUGCCAGCAAGAGUGCCUCCAAGAGAAGGACUGCACCGCCAUUGUAAUGCCCAAUGGCCACUCGCCACCGGCCACCUGCUGGCUGCGGAAGAAUGUGGACAAGUCCCGGUGCUCCACAGGCAGCCCCUACAGCUUGUGGGUCCGGCCCGGGGCUUCCAUCGAGUCGACGGAUGGCACCGUCAUCGAAACGGAGACCUGCUGCGCCAACUACAAGGACUGGCCCAAUGUGGAUCGCGUGACCUGCGAGGGAUGCACCGCCCUGGUGUUGACGGAGCCCUACGGAGGCCGCUGCGACAAGUACUGCGAGAGCUUUGGCCACGAGUGCUUCAUGGCCGCGGAGGAGGUGAACGAAAACUGCGCCGUAAAGUACACCCAAGAGCGCUGCGACCAGCCCAUCUUGGGCACCUCCGACAUGUUGUGCGGGUGCCGCAUGAAACACGCGGUGGACGAGCCCAAGUGCGACUGGCCCCGCCCAACGCCCUCGCCACCAGUUCCACCAGAGACGCCCACACCUUCGCCAGACAAAAGGAUCCAGGUGCUGGGUCGACAGCUGCUGGUGAACGGCGCCCCGCUGCACCUGAAAGGCGUGGCUUGGAACCCGGUGCCCAAGGGCGGGCGCCACCCGGCGGACCUGGACUUCGCAUCCUUCGUGGAGAAAGACGCGGAGCUGAUGCAAAGCAUGGGCAUCAACGCUGUGCGAACCUACGAGCCGAUUACCGACAGAAAGGUGCUGGACACUCUUUGGAGCAGAGGAAUUUGGGUGGUGAACAGCGUCUACAACUGGGGAGGAGCAAAUGCAGAAAUCGCCGCGAGUGCUGUGAACCAGGUGAAAGACCACCCGGCCAUUCUCAUGUGGAGCAUUGGCAACGAGUGGAACUACAACGGGCUGUACGUGGGCAGCAGCUUUUUUGACUCCGUUGGUAAGAUUCGGGACGUGGCUCGAGUUAUCCGGCGGCACGACACCAGCCACCCGAUUGCGUCGAUUUUUGGUGACGUCCAAAAGCUUGAUCAAGCGGCGGAUUCUUUGCCAGAAAUCGACGUGUGGGGCAUCAACGCGUAUCGCGGGAUCAGCUUUGGCGACCUCUUCCAGUCCUUUGACAAGGCAACUGACAAGCCCAUGUUCUUUGGAGAGUAUGGCGCAGAUGCCUUCAAUGCCCACAUCGCCGCGGAAGACCAGGAGUCCCAGGCGAAGGCAACGACUCAACUCACGGAGGAGUUGCUGGCGCAGAGCUCCGUGCUGGGACUGGGCUCCUGCAUCGGGGGCUUUAUUUUCGAGUUCGCAGACGAGUGGCACAAGGACAAUGACGGCAGCCCGGACAGCCAUGACAACCACGGCACAGCUCCGGGCGGAGGCCCUUACCCGGACAUGACCUUCAAUGAGGAGUGGUGGGGCCUGGUCAGCAUUGAUCGAGAGCGCCGGCUUGCAGUGGACGCGUACGCCAAGACCGCGUUGCCCAAGGCGAGCUUGGUGCAGAAGCUGACCAGCUAG